AUGACCAUCGUCGCCGGACCGUGCCCACUGAGACGAUGGAAGGAUGCUUGUGGCACCAUGUUCAAGGUCUCCAAGGCAUUGAGAGUAGCUAUGCCCCGCGUGCUCCAUCUCGGUAAGGCUGCAGGCAAGCCUGGGGAGGUUUACUAUCCUCUACAUCUCAAGGAGAUUAAGAAGCCUGUCCCUGCAGACAAUGAGGUCCUCGUCCGACUCAAGGCGGCUGCGCUGAACCACCGCGACCUGUUCGUUCGGCAUCAUCAGUACCCCGCCAUAUCUCUCGACCACCCCAUGCUAUCAGACGGUUAUGGAGUUAUUACUGAGCUUGGGAGAGGGGUUCCUAAUCGCUCUCUCCUCGGGGAAAACGUCCUCCUAACACCUAUGCGAGGCUGGAUAUCAGACCCAGCUGGCCCAGAGGACCCUAAAAAAUGGUCUAUCACCGGAUCAACCCGUCUCUACAAUGUGGGCACAGCGCAAGACUAUGUUUGCGUUCACCAGGACGAGGUUGUUCCGGCUCCGAAACAUCUGUCUGCCGUGGAGGGGGCGGCUCUCCCACUGGUUGGACUCACAGCCUGGCGGGCAUUAAGUACCAAGGCUGCUGUUCAGCCAGGACAGAACAUCUUAAUCACAGGCAUCGGAGGUGGCGUUGCUAUCACAGCUUUACAGUUCAGCGUGGCUAUGGGCGUCAAUGUCUUUGUUACCUCUGGUAGCCAGGAAAAGCUCGACAGAGCCAGGAGCUUGGGUGCACAAGGCGGUGCAAUUUAUAAAGCGGAAAAAUGGGAAGCCGGCAUUCGCCAGCAACUUCCUUCAUCGAGGCCGUACAUUGAUGCUGUUAUCGAUGGAGCAGGCGGUGAUAUCGUUAGCAAAGCUGUAAAGCUUCUCAAGCCUGGUGGUGUCAUUGUCCAAUAUGGCAUGACCAUUUCUCCAAAAAUGAACUGGACUAUGCCGGCUGUUCUUCUGAACGCAGAGUUAAAGGGAACCACGAUGGGUUCCAGGCAAGAGUUUCGGGACAUGGUCGCCUUCGUCGACCGCAAGGGGAUCCGACCAGUGAUUAGCAGAACAGUCCAAGGGCUGAGCAACCUCAGGGACAUCGAUCUCCUCUUUGACGAAAUGAAAGCUGGACGUCAGAUGGGCAAGCUUGUUAUCGAGAUAGAAGGCCAAAGCAGCCCCCGGAUCUAA